GUUUUAUUUUCCUUUGUUUUGGUUAGAAAAACCACUGCAGAUGCAACCAGAGUUUAUUUAUCCAAGGAACAAUACAAUUGAAGUAGAACUUGGUAAGCAUUUGUCUAUAAUAUGUAACGUAUCAAGUGGCAUAAAUGGCUUGAUUCCAUUCUGGCAAGUUAAUGAUGAGGACGUUGAUAUCUUUGAUAAAACCUACAGGGAACAGUUUUAUGAAGAGGGGUUGCCUCAUGGACUUGCUGUAUCUGGAACAAAAUUUAACAUUUCAAAAGUGAAAGUAAAGGACUAUGCUCAUAAAUUCUUCUGCCACUUCAUAUAUGGUUCUCAACAAUUUACAGCCUACAUCAAAUUGGAAUCCCCAGCUCGAAACAUUCAGGGAUACUUAAUUGGAGGAGGAGUUUCCUUGGUAUUUUUAGUAUUUUUUACUCUCUUUAUCUACAAGAUCUUCAAAAUUGAUAUUGUCCUUUGGUAUCGGGACUCCUGCCAUUCUUUCCAGGGGAAAAAAGUUUCAGAUGAGAAGAUCUAUGAUGCUUAUGUGGUGUAUCCAAAGAAUAGAGAAAGUUGCUUGUAUUCAUCAGAUAUUUUUGCUCUGAAGAUACUGCCAGAGGUCUUAGAAAGACAGUGUGGAUAUAACCUCUUCAUACUUGGGAGAGAUGAUUUACCAGGAGAAGCUGUGAUCAGCGUUGCUGAUGAAAAAAUCCGUCAAAGUAGAAGAGUGAUAAUUGUUUUAGUACCAGAGCCCUCCUGUUACAGCAUACUGGAAGAUGAGUCUGAGAAGCAGCUAGCCAUGCAUAGUGCUCUUAUUCAAGACAGCAUUAAAGUAAUUCUCAUUGAACUUGAAAAAAUACAAGAUUAUGCAACCAUGCCGGAAUCCAUCAGAUACGUUAAGCAGAAGCACGGGGCUAUCCGCUGGAAAGGGAAUGUCUCAGAAAGGUCCCACUCAGCAAGUACCAGAUUCUGGAAGAAAGUGCGCUACCAGAUGCCAUCCAGAAAAAGUGGCUCUUUAUUAGGAUUGCAUUUGUUACCAAAAGACUUGAAUUUGCCUUAAAUAACAAAUGGGAAAUGACACUUAACGACUGAUCAGUUCACACAGUUGGUGAUGGAUUGACUGAGGGUCACAUGUAUCUGUUUCAUGCAAUCUCAUACAGAUUUACUGGAGUGAAGGUACUACAGCUUCAUCUGCAGAUGUGAAUCUUUUUUUACUUCAGGCUGGACCAACAGAACACCUUGAAAUAACAUCAGUAGCACAUGUAGGAAGUACACAAGUAUUUUUCCAAGAAUGAUUCUGUGAAAUUCCUUGGUAUUAAAAGUGAAAGGGCAAAAAACUGUAAAAAAUUGAAACCAAUGAAGAAAAUUAGAUUUUUUUUUUCUGCAGUUAAAGUUUUAAUACGAAGGGAAUUACACUAAUUAUGGUUGUGAUAUUAUAUAAUGAGCACGACUGGUGCCAGUAAAUGUUUGUUUCUUUUUUUUUUUGUUUAAAUGAAAUGACACAAACUUUUUCUUUGUUACAAGUUUGUUAUUUGCGUUGUUCAGUUUGUGGAAAGAUAAAUUCCCAUAUUACUGCAUCAGUGUGUUACCAUCCAGGAGAAAAGCUCAAGUAUGCAGACCCGCCAACAGAGUUCCAGUGACCUCAAUCCUCCUAAUUACUUCUGCUGACUGGAAGAGACUGAAAGGAGAACUGCUACUUGUUAUCCCUGACUUUAGGAAUGGAAGGUUAUUUUACUGAGCCAAAAUAGUGUUUUUAAAAAAGUAUUUGUUCCUUUUGAUGUAUUUAUACAAAUGAUGCUAAAAUUUUCAUGUGUGUUUUGUAGAGGCACUUUAAGGAAGAGUCCAUUUUAAAAUUUAAUAAAGGCACUACAUAUUUUUUUCAUA